ACAGCACUUCACCACGCAUGCGCAAGUAAAAAUACAAGAUGGCGGAGAGUGCGGAACUGAAGCAAAUGGUGAUGAGCCUGCGGGUGUCGGAGCUGCAGGUGCUGCUGGGCUACGCCGGGCGCAACAAGCACGGACGGAAGCACGAGCUGCUGACCAAGGCGCUGCACCUGCUGAAGGCCGGCUGCAGCCCCGCCGUGCACAUGAAGGUCAAAGAGCUCUACCGCCGCCGCUUCCCCGCCAAGAUGGUGUCCCACGCGGAGCUGGCCAUGCCCGGCCCGCACCACCCGGCCACGGCCGGCCUGGUCGGCGGAGGGGGCGCCGCGCUGCCCGCCGGCCUGACGCAGCUGGCCUACGAGGGUCACGGCGGCGCGCCGUCGCCCGCCGCCUUGCUGCCCCUCUCCCUGCUCGGCCCCGGGAAGCACGAGCUGACCGGGCUGACGCACCACCUGACCGGCUCGUCCACGCUGCACCCGGUCCACCCGGACGUCAAGCUGCAGAGGCUGCCCUUCUACGACAUGCUGGACGAGCUCAUCAAGCCGACCAGCCUAGCCUCAGACAACAGCCAGCGAUUUCAGGAGACGUGUUUCGCCUUUGCACUGACGCCACAACAGGUGCAGCAGAUCAGCAGCUCGAUGGACAUCUCGGGGACCAAAUGUGAUUUUUCAGUGCAAGUCCAGUUGCGGUUUUGCCUGUCGGAGACCAGCUGUCCUCAGGAAGACCAUUUCCCACCUAAUCUGUGCGUGAAAGUCAACGGGAAGCCGUGCAACCUGCCGGGUUAUCUCCCUCCAACCAAAAACGGCGUGGAGCCCAAGCGGCCCAGCCGGCCCAUCAACAUUACCUCACUGGUCAGAUUGUCCACCACCGUCCCCAACACCAUCGUGGUGUCGUGGACGGCUGAGAUCGGAAGGAGCUACUCCAUGGCGGUGUACUUGGUGAAGCAGCAGUCAUCCACAGUGCUGCUACAGAGACUACGAUCAAAAGGCAUCAGAAACCCGGACCACUCCCGAGCCCUCAUCAAAGAGAAGCUGACAGCAGACCCAGACAGUGAAAUAGCCACCACCAGCCUUCGGGUGUCUCUGCUCUGCCCGCUGGGGAAGAUGCGGCUGAUGAUCCCAUGCCGGGCGCUGACAUGCUCCCACCUGCAGUGCUUUGACGCCACACUGUACAUCCAGAUGAACGAGAAGAAGCCCACCUGGGUGUGUCCUGUCUGUGACAAGAAGGCCCCCUACGAGCACCUCAUCAUCGACGGGCUUUUCGUGGAGAUCCUCAACAGCUGCAUGGACUGUGAUGAGAUCCAGUUCAAGGAGGAUGGCAGCUGGGCCCCCAUGAGGUCGAAGAGGGAAGUGCAGGAGGUGUCCUCCGCCUCCUGCAACGGGCUGGAUGGUUCGCGUCGGACGUCCGCGGGCUCCGAUCAGCUGAGCUCCUCGUCCUCCUGCGACGGCGGCGGCGGCAGCGGCGGCAAGAGAGUGGAGGUGAUCGACCUGACGCUGGACAGCUCGUCGGAGGACGAAGGAGAGGACUCGCCGCCUCCGCAGCCGCAGCCGCCGCCCCCGCUGCCCCCGAGGGCGUGUCCCUCCAUGUCACCGACCUCGCCGCCCAUCGCCCACAAAGGGGUCCUGAACCUGCACCACCAGGCGUCUCCCGUGAGCCGCACUCCCAGCAUGCCAGCCGUGGACACCAGCUACAUCCCUCCGGUCCCCCCACUCAUCCAGGACUACAGACCCUACUACCACACGCCCAACGACCUGUCGGAGUUGAACUUCUUCUCUUUUCUUCAAGGCGACAAUCAUCAGCAUUACAACAUGGUGAUGGCAGCCGCAGCCGCCGCCUCGGCCUCGGACGACCACGAGCUGCUCCUCAACCGCUUCCUGCCCUACAGCACCUCCUCCUCCUCCUCCUCCUCCCAGCUGUUCCUCGACCCGUCGGGGGCCUCCUCGGCCGCGUCGCUGACGGCGCCGACCAACGGGGCGAGCAGCUCGGGCAGCAGCAGCAGCCUGGUGUCGUCCAGCAGCCUCCGCGACACUCACUCCGCGCACUCGUCCUCGCUCUCCUCGCUCUCCUCGCACGCGCACCUGGGGGCGGCGGCGGCGGCGGGCGGCCGGAGCGGCGCCGAGGCGGCGGCGGCGGCGGUGGCGGCGGCUAUUUACGGCGGCAUACCCGACGUCAUAUCGCUGGACUGACCCGAGGAGGGUCGAGACUACGCUCCGGGUCCAGCUGCGAUCCAGUGACAAACCUUGUGACUCCAGGGUACGGUUUUGAUCCAGAGACUAGACCCCUCCCCCCCCCCCCCAUUAUCCCCCUGAGUCAUCAAACUGGGAACAACUGUGGCGCCGCCGCCUCAAACAGAGCACUAAUGUUGUGAGCGACACAGACUUACAGGGGUCGGCUGGGGACGUUGUGUUUGUCUGCUGACCUCAGAACAGGAGGCGGUCCAGCAUGUGACUGACAGCAGAGACGCUACCUGAGCAGAAACACACAAAGGAAAGGGAAGGCUCUUUUGUACCAAACCAAGGAGUGGCACCGUGUACAGAGAACAAAAUCUAUUUUCCUCUUUUACUUUUCUAUGUUGAAUCGGGACAUUUUCCGUCUAGUGAGCUGCUUCAAUUGCUGUUUUUAAGUGGAGGACUGAGGGGUUUUUUUUCUUCUUUUUUUCUCCCUCUUACAGAAGCUUAUACAUAUGCAUCUUGCCAUGCGGUUUUGUUUCUCUUCUUUUAUUCUGCUUACAUUUAGUUAUAUUUAAACAAACUUCAAUUCUCUUUCUCAUCUGCUCGAGUCAAGAUUUAUAGUUUCUCUGUCCAACGAAAAGAACACUGAAUUUUAGUCAUGUGCUAAUACUUUUAUUACGCUUUUAAGUUAUGUGUAUUUAAACAGUCAUACAAAACAAGAUAUAUAUAUAUAUAUAUAAAUAUAUGUAUAUUAAUGCAUUCCCUUUGACCUUCAGGUUGAUGCCGCGGGGAUCGUGCAGGUUUCUCAUUUUCACUCCUUGAUUUACAACUCCUCCCAAAGUCUCUGUCGGCAUACAGCAUUUAGAAAAGGAAGACUUUUAGACUAUUUAUAACUGCCACUUUCUUUUUGUGUCUUUUUGUUGUUGUUGUUGUUGCACUAUGCCAAAAAUAAGAUACGGUACUUGUGAAAAUCCUCACAGAGUUAAUGGGAGUGCAGUAGAAUCUGUGUGCCACAGUGUUUCCGGUCCGCUUCUUCCAUCCCGUCCUUCACCCGCAGACUUCUAAUGUCCUCUCGGCGUCGUCGGUUUUCUUGCUCGUCAGCGACGAAGGCGCGAGCUGUCGCAGCGUCCUCUUAAAGACCGGCGUCCACGGCAUGUGACCAAGUUUUAAACUAGUGCCUGUUGGUGUGCUCGCCUCAAAGGAAUCGUCUUAAAGGUCAACCGACUCCCUCCGCUGGGCUCCUGACUUGUGACUGGCGUCUUUGGCGUUACCCAGGGAGUUUGUCUUUGGGGGGGGGUAACGAAGGUAACGAAGGAGUGCCACGGCGAAGGGGGGGGGAUCUCAGAGCAUGCCAACGUAGACCGGGGCUCAGAGGCCACUGACCAAAAAAAAUAAAAGUAAAGGAACCCGAAGCACCUCUAUCCAGCUCAUGAAUGUAUUGUGUUAUUUUGAGAGUGGACACGCGUCAGUUUCAGUUGUCAUUAGAGUUGUCGAGGUCGCGCUACCAGGGACAUACAGUGGACCUGGUACCCCCCCCCCCCAUACACCAACAUUCCCGUCUUUUAAGUUUCUCCUCAAUUGUCCACUUCCAGACGUCCGAGGCGCACAGUUCACUUCAAAGCCUAAUUGUGUGUGUGUGUGUGUGUGUGUGUGUGUGUGUGUCCCCAUGAAAUAAUCCCCUCUGACAGCUUCACUGGACACCCUGUCGUGCCCUUCAACCCUCUUCUCCACGGACACCUUUUAUUUUAUUCCCAGUCGUUCUCCUGCGAUCAAUAUCGCUUGAUUUCCAGUCACUGUCACUUGGGAGCUGUUGUUUUUAAAUUGUUUUUAUUUAACAUGUAUUUUAUUUUUGUUUGUCAUAAGCACAGUUUCUUUUAUUUUCUUCUUUUUUUUAAAGGUACGGUUUGGAUAUUCGUUGUGGAAAGAUCUCUGUGUAUCCUCUCGGUAGCUGACAUGAGUAACAUAUAGUAAGAAUAACGUGAUCAUUUUGUUAUGAAUGAUUUCCAGAGGCAUCAUUAAUCGCUGUGGCUGACCAGGUCACUGGGAGUUUAUGUGAUUAGUUAACCUUCAAUACAUCAUCUUCUAUUAAUGAACUCAAAGUUACUUCACUUAUUAAUUUAUAUGACAUCAAAUUAGCUGGAAUCCAGAAUAAUGUCUGGUAUUGUUGUUGGUACUUUGUACAGAGCUCCUCGUUGACAUAGUUUUCACAUACUUUAACGUUAACAUGCUGGUAAGCAUUGUACCUGGUUAACGUCUGCAUGUUAGCAUCGCGGCGUUAGCAUCAAUCGUUCUAUUCCAACAACAACUCGGCUGAGAAUUCAUUAAGUGUUAACUCCCCCCGUAUAGUUCGCCACACACGCUGGUCCGUUUCAUGCAUCAAAUCAUUCACCAAGACGUGUGUGUUUGUACCUUUUAUUAUAAAGAGUUAUUUAGACUUUCUGCACUGACGGUGAUGAGCCGACCACCACGGUAGUUGGAACAAUAAUAAUAAUACUGAUCACCAGUGUAUGGAGGCUUGACAAGGUGGUCGCACUUAGUUUAUCUGAAGCUUCUGAUUCGUGAGGCAGCCGGUUCCUACACGGAGGGAGCGAGCAGGCCCGGUCCAGUGUGUGUCUGUGCUCCACACACUGGGCUCUGCAUGGGGUUACCCACUGGGCUCAAAGGGUCCAGUGUGCACAGCUCCACCCUGUGGCGCACACUCGCCAGAUGUCUGAGGGAGAAACUGUCAUAAUUGAGCUCGGGGGUGGGGGAGGG